AUGCACCUACCGUCUUCCUCCGGUCCCUGUUGGCUCCAGCUUUAAAGAGAGAGAGGGUGAUUGGAAAAUGGUUGACUUGGUAGGGACGCCGGUUCGCCAUGGCUACCGAAUGCCUGCAGAGUGGGAGCUCCAUUCUCAGACUUGGAUGGGUUGGCCUGAACGCACAGAUAACUGGAGAGACGAUGCAGUACAUGCACACAAUGUUUUUGCCAAGGUUGCAACAGCAAUUUCAAAGUUUGAGCCUGUGACUGUCUGUGCUAGUGCAGCCCAGUGGGAAAAUGCACGAAGACUUCUUCCAGAACAUAUUAGAGUUAUUGAGAUGAGCAUGAAUGACUCUUGGUUUCGUGAUACUGGGCCAACCUUUGUGGUGAAAGCAUCAAAUUCUGGUAACCCAGAGCAAAAGGUUGCAGGCAUUGAUUGGACUUUUAACAGUUGGGGAGGGGUUGAUGAUGGUUGUUAUCGAGAUUGGAGUCUUGACCUUCUUGUGGCAAGGAAGAUUCUUGGAAUUGAAAAGCUUCCACGGUUUCCUCAUUCCAUGAUUCUUGAAGGUGGAAGCAUCCAUGUAGAUGGAGAGGGGACAUGCCUUACUACUGAGGAGUGCCUCCUGAAUAAAAACCGGAAUCCAGAUUUGACGAAAGAACAAAUUGAAAAUCAACUUAAGGAAUAUCUUGGAGUACAGAAGGUCAUUUGGCUGCCUCAUGGAUUGUAUGGUGAUGAUGAUACUAAUGGUCAUGUUGACAAUAUGUGCUGCUUUGCAAAACCUGGUGUGGUUUUAUUAUCAUGGACUGAUGAUGAAAACGAUUUUCAGUUUGAACGAUCCAUGGAAGCCUUAUCUGUUCUUUCCAAUGCUACUGAUGCUAAGGGAAGGAAAUUCGAGAUAAUUAAACUCCAUGUUCCAGGACCACUAUAUAUGACGGAGGAAGAAUCUGCUGGAGUUAUUCAAGAUGGUGAGGCUAAACCAAGACCACCAAAUACUAGACUUGCUGCAUCUUAUGUAAACUUCUAUAUUGCCAAUGGAGGGAUCAUCACGCCUCAAUUUGGGGAUCAGAAGUGGGAUGAUGAAGCUGUUCGUGUCCUCUCUCAGGCUUUUCCAGAUCAUGAGGUGGUUAGAAUUGAAGGUGCAAGGGAGAUUGUUCUGGGAGGUGGAAAUAUUCAUUGCAUCACUCAACAACAACCAGCACCUCCAUCUUGAGUAGUAUUGUCUAGAGCUGUGAAAUGCAUACUGAUGGCUUGAAAUAUGUACACCAGCUGCUCCAUUUGGGCUUAAUGGCAGAGAUAUUAAUAAUCAUGAGAAAUCAACUUUGUAUUUUAUCAAUUUUAUUGUUUUCUUGGACCAAUCUUACUGUAACCUUAAGGGAAAAUAAAAAAUAAAAAAUAAAAACUCGAGACUUUGUCCAGGGUUA